CAUCUUUGCAACGCGGUAAACUUUAAGAUAAUGAGUCCGAUUUGAGUAAUUUAAAGUGCCCAAACAGAACGAGAAGUUUAUCGCUGAAAAUGUCCACGACGCACCUAAGCUACCCGGCGCCCAACCAGAGCUACCUUUCCACGGCCACCUACGAGAAGACAGACCCCUCGGAGGUGGAGAAGCAAAUCCGCCUGCUGCUUUUCGGCUUGUGCGUAAUUAUCGCAGCUGCUACCUUUGUCGGAGGUGUGUAUUCGCUGCUCUCUCUGCUCCGGAUGAGGAGAAAAACCUCCCUGUGUCUCAUCGUGGCUUCCAUGUCUGUGGACGACCUCCUCAGUGUGGUCCCUCUCUCCCUGUUCAUGCUCCUACAGUGGGAGACAGAUGGAGGUGGAGGGUCGGGCAGCCUGUGCACUUUAUCCGGACUUCUGUACGUGUUCCAGGGUGUUUCUAGCAAUAUGAAGGCUUGCCUUAUAGCAGCCUACACUUUUUAUGUCACCAAGAGAUUUGGAGUGCUUCAAUCUGUCCGCCGGCCACUCAAAGUGAUGUGGGCCAUCGCCGGUGUGUGGGCGGUCAGCCUUGCCGUGAGUGUGUUACCUUUGUGCGGAUGGGGCAGCUUUACGCCAGCCUCUCUCGGGUGUUUCCCGGAGAGCGACGGCUUUUACAUCGUGCUGCUUUUCUCUUUAUAUUCCAUGUGUUUCUGCGGGUUGUUAUUUUUCUUUAUCCCCCUCACCUACCAGCUGCUGUGCUCCAGAGAGCCUCAGAGGACUUUACUGUACCCCAGCUACCUGGAGAUGGCGAGGGGACUGAGCGGCUCCGCGCCCCUCUGUGAUCUUCCGUCCUUUUCCCGGGACAUCCUAAACAAAAGUUUCGGUGUCUACAACGAGCUGAGUCCAAGUUCCUGCGGGACGGAGCUCAGGGACAAAGACGACAGCGGUCUGUCCCCUGUGUCUGUCAGCGGGCAGAGGACAGCUGCUGUGGGGGACACACCAGCUGUGUUUGCACAAAAGCGCUUCUCCAUGAUCCUGGCGGUGGUUCGAGUUAUUUUAUGGAUGCCAAUGAUGACUUUGGUGCUGGUGCGCCAUGCAGUGAAUGCACGCAGCUCAUCCCUGGAGACUCUGAGCUUCUUUCUCACCCUGCUUGCCCCCGCAGUCACUCCAUUAUUUGUGCUAUCUGAGCGCUGGAUCCACAUGCCAUGUGGCUGCUUCAUUAACUGCAAACGGGAUCCAACACAGGAGCCCUCAGUACUGAAAAGAAGAUUUGAGUUCAAUCUUUCCUUCCAACAAGGCUGCGGAGUCUACAAGUUGUCACAUGCCACCAUGUCUCAAAACAGUCCACCCCUUGAGAAGCCAGCCUAUCACAGCCUCUUCAACUGUGACUUCCCUAAUACCCGGCUUGAUGCACUAGAAAGUGGAGGGCUUCCCAGACUGGGGCACGAUUUUGAUUUCAGCACCACCUGCCCAGUGGACAGCUCCUCUCAUGCAGACCUCCUGUUGGAAGCCGUAGCCGGUGGAGGAGAGGCACUGGCUGAUUGUCCUUCACUGCCUCACGAGAACCACGGAGACGAUGAUGACUUCCGCUGCAUCCCCUCUCUGCCCUCUCACCACCGGGAGCAGGAUCACAAUCUCCCUGACACGUCGUCUGUGUUUGAGGGCCCAGAGAGGAGGCUGUCGCACGAAGAGUGUCGGAAAAUUGAGCUGACGGACUGGGAGUGGUGCAGGAGUAAAUCAGAGAGAACACCCAGACAGGUACACCACUCACCAGAGUCUUCAGUUUAUUAG